AAAAAUCCACUAUUGCGAGCAUAUUGCCCAAUCCCGAACCCGAACUCUUCCUCUCCAACGUCAGCAUGGCGUCUGCAACGGACGACUUGGUGGCACAGUCUCUGUAUCAGACAAAUCACAUGCCUUGCUUGGAAGAACUCCAAGAAAAUGAAAGACUCCCACCGACGAUGGAACAAAUGACAUACAUGCGAAAUUGCGACGGAUACAUAUGGAUGAAAUCGUUGGACUGUCUCAGGACAGCAGUAAUAAACACACUGUGAACGCACUCAAUCAUUACAGUGCUCUAACCCUGCUCGAGAUUGGUCGUUAUCUUCGAUUUGUAGUCAUACUGUGGACGCGUGUAAUGACAGCCAUCGUCAUGGGUGGGCUCGGAAUUUUUGGUUCCUUCUCGCUCAUUCCUUUCGCAGUGAAUGCAACUAUCUUCCAUUUGGCAGCAUUGACAUUUUCCCUGGCGCUGUACUCCCCGAUCCUCAUCAAGCUAUACUACUAUUGGCCGAUAAGUAUGGUAAAGGCCUUGGCCUCGUCAAUUCUGGUAAUCCCAACCUGUUCCACGCAAUAGGAGUGGAUCAGGUAGAGAUCGCAAUGAGGGCUCUUAAGCAACCUGCCGAUG